AUGAAGGCACCCACGGGGCCAAAGGACGACGAGUCUCACACGACUGGCUCCACUCCACCAUCCGCCGUAUCCCACGGAGAUGGCCGCAGCAACAGCACUGCAGGGCCAAGCAGCGCACCGGGCCCGAUUACGCACCUUCCACCCGAGCUGUGGAUCGCCGUCCUAUCCCAUCUCGAGCAUGACGAGCUCGUCCCGCUCCGCCUCGUCAACCGCCAACUGUCAACGCUCGCCCUCGCCCCGUGCCUCCACAGACGGCUGACCCUCUUCCCUCCGCUGGUUCUCACCCCCGUGCUCCGCAAGAUCCUCCCACACGUCCGCCAUCUGAGCGUUCACCUCGCUGGCUCUCCACGGGGGUGGGGCGCCCUCGCCAGCUCUUCACAUGGCGCUAGAAACCCCCUCUUUCCCAGCAGCUACAUCGACGGAGUGCGCCCGGCGCGCUGUAGCUCCCCACACCCAAGCACCUCCCUGCGCGCCCUCCUCGCCCUUAUACAUCCCGGACAACUCCGCGCCCUCCACCUCCCGCACGCCGCCGUGCCGUGGGACGAGCUCGCCCCCGAGCUCGCCAGGAUUGGCGGGAAACUCCACACCCUCGACCUCCGUGGUGGCGGCCUCGCGCACUCUGCCGCGCGUGCGCUCCCUGUGCACCUGCGGGAUCUCAACCUCUCGUACAACUGCAUCACGAGGCUACCACGCAUAUCCUCCCUCCAGCGCCUCGAGGUGCUGACCCUCCGCGGCUGCUUCAUGAUCCCCAUGCCCGAGGUCGCGCGGCUCCUGUCCAACCUUCCCGAGACGGUGCACACCCUCGACCUGAGCGAGAUGCAGCAGGUUGAGGUCCCCGCGCUCAUGGCUCUGCGGGUGGCUUCGGACCCCGGACCAAGCGCGCUCAAGUGCGUGAAGCUGGCGGGCAUCGACCACCUCACGCGGGCCGAUGUGCGCGCUCUCCAGCGUCAUUGGGCGGAGCGCCGCGCCGCUUGCAGGGGAGAGGAGGCGCCACGAGCAAUCCAGCUCCUCACGCCCCCACCGUCGCCGCCUUCCUCUUUCCUGUCGGGGUCCCCGGAACGGAGCGCGUUUCACACCCCGACGAUGAUGCCGGCAACGCCGCCGACACGCUGGCUCCCGCACGCGACACCUCGGAAGCUCCCGCCGACUCCACCAGAAUCGGCGAAGCGGCCGCACGACGACGACCACAUCAACAUUGUGCACACGGCUCUUCUGGAGAGCGACGACGAGGCGGGAUACCGCCAGUUCAUUGGCGAAGUUGUUGGCGGCACGCUGGGUCUCGGUAUUGGUGGUCCCCUGGCUGAGGCAGGGGCAUGA